AUAUUCGGCUUUUAAUCCGACCAGUUUAUAUUUUCAACACUCGUUUAAAUUAGAAAUCAAACAUUUUAAGUGGUAAGUCGAUGACUCAUUGUUUACUUAAAAAGUCUUAAAUCUUCAAUUUUAGAUAAUUCAGCACUGAUUACGUUUAAUAUGAAUUCAUUACUCUUUUAGACCUAGCCUGACAUUGAAAGUACAGUUGCUUGAUUUAGUUACGUAUCGCUUCUGUAAAAUGGCGGAAAAGUUCUUAGAAGCUAAAGUCGUAUUAUUAGGAACACAAGGUAUGUUAAGGAUUCAUUUAGAUAAUCCCAAUGACAAAUUAAAAUUGAAAAAUUGUAAUAUACGUCUACAAGUCUGGGAUACCGCUGGACAAGAAAGAUUCAGAUCAAUGGCACCGUUAUAUUAUAGAAAUGCUAAUGCUGCUAUCUUGGUUUUUGAUAUAACAAACCGUUAUACUUUUGACGAUGUUCAUGUAUGGGUUGAAGAGGUGAGAAAAAAUGCUACUGGUCAUUUAGACUUAAUUCUCAUUGGUAAUAAAUCGGAUCUCGAAGAGGAUCGACAAGUAAAUGAAAAAGAAGCAGAAACAUACGCAAAUACAAUUGGUGCCAAAUAUUUAUCAACAUCCGCCUUAACAAAUGAGGGAAUUUCUCAAAUUUUUACCGAUAUUGGUUUUUGCUUACUUGAAACAAAGCAAUCAAAAGAUUCAAAAAACACCGAAAAUGGUAAUACUAAGGAACCUCUAAAUCUUAAUAAUGGAACAUAUGGUUCAGAGGAAAAAACUGAAAAAUCUUCUUGCUGCAAGUGA